AGAAAGAGCGACGUACAGUAUUAGAAGAGUAACUGAAUGCUGAGCUGGUUUAAAGACUGUGUUACGAUUAUUUAUUCAAGUAUUUGGUUCUUUGGAGUAUUGGGUGGUGAACGGGACCUGAAUUUGUUAGUGGAUAUGCUGCUUAUAAAUUGAUAUAAACAUGGAUUUCACCUCAUGGAUCUGUGUGCUGGUCAUGUGGACACAGAUUGGGCUUUAUGUAGCAGGUGCAGAUCAGAAAAUAGAAGUAAAUUAUGAAAUAUGGGAAGGAAAUGUAACUGUGUUCUGGGACCCCCCUGAUGGAGCUCCUCUAAAUGCCCUUUAUCAAGUCCAGCUGUCAAUAUAUGGGCAAAGUGAAUGGCAAAUAGUGCCAGAGUGUAACAUGACUCAAGAAACUACAUGUUAUCUCGGAAACCUUAUAUCCCCAUCAGAAGAUAUAAAAGUAAAAGUUGGACUGUUUCAAGGCAUUGGCUCUUUCUGGUCAAGUGGCAAAAGAAUUCGUUUCAUGAACAUGAAAUUGUUAGCUCCAGAGUUCCACUUGUCUUCCACCACUAAAUCGGUGAAGGUUACAAUAUUCAGGAAGGAGUAUCUGGCAAAGCUUUUUGAAUAUGGCCCACGUUACACAGUCACUCUGCACCCCAAAGGAGACAGUCAGGCUAUAACACAAAUUGACGAGGAUGAAGACGGUGAGGUUGACUUUAGUUCAUUACACUUCUUGCGGGAAUAUUGUGUCAACGUGACAGUGGAUAUGCCUUCCUUAGAUGUAAUGAACUCCUCAUUACAGCGUUGCAUAUAUACAUCAGCAGACAGGUCAGUGGUGAUCUCCAUAGCAACUCUUGGGGUAGUUGGAACCAUGUCAUUCUUCAUGUUUGCCAUCUGUUUCUUCCUGAGGCGUCCUGGUAAAAUGCCUGCAGCUCUGAAAUCUGCUGUAAACGGAUGGCGCCCCAUGAACAUAGGAUCCGUCCAGAUUGAGACCAUCACAGACAAAGGGUGGCUGCUGAUGAGCAACAAAACAGAAGAAAAGUUACAAAAAAAUGCACUAGAAAAUACAACAUUGUUCCCUGAUGAAGAGAAAGAGAGGAGAGAAAGUACAGACAGCGGCGUGAGUGUCGGCCAGAAGGACUCGAUAAAGCACAGAGGAUCAGAUACACAGACAGUAGAGGACGACAGCGGCUGUGGAAGCAUGACAGGAUCUGAGGACGGAGGAAGAAGAAGCAUGGAAGAACUUCCUUCUCUGGACGGAGGAAGCAGCGGCGUCGAGUGCAGAGAGGACAGCGGUUUGGGUAUGGGGAACCGGGAUGGUUCCGACAGUCUCAAAGGGGUGGACAGCGGACUCCUUUGUGAGGUAGUGGUCGUCGGAGAUGGAUAUCGGAGUCAGAGCCCUUCUGUGGAUGAACAAGGUGAAAUAACCGUACCUUGUGAUGUAGAUAGUAAUAUGGUGAGCCCGAGUGAUGGCUACAGGUCCGGUCAUGUGACAUGCUUGUGUUCCGACUUCGAAACUUGCAUGUGGUGUAAAACUAGGAAGAUCUCAGCGACAGACAGUGCUUCAGCGUCUAAUGAGCAAACCAAUUGCACUUUUACACUGGAAAAUAAUGACAGACCUUGCUAUUUAAAAAACUCUGAGAAGGAAGUCAUUGUGGUAGACGAGUUAAAUACUCAGUCAGACUGUGAAUCAUCCGCUCUUCUGAUUUCCUUUCCCUUAUUUCAUGUACAAAAUCUGCAGUUGGACACUUCGUCUCUUACAUUAGGAGAUGUAGAACUGACAUUCACGUGAGCAAAAGGUUUCAUGUGCGUAUAAGCAAAUAAUGGCCACAACAAAACGGAAGUGGUAUGGACAUUAUACAUACCUGCUCUUCCUUGUGCUAUUCCCUGCAACUCACAUUCAUGCUGUAAGAAAUGUUUACAGAUACAGCAGAAAGAUCUCUGGGGCAUCGUUCGAUGAUUGCUGUACACAUCGAGUCAUUUUGUUAAUGCCCACCGGGAGAAAUUGGAGAAUAACAUUACACCAAUGUUUCCCUGAUAAAAUGUGAGAUAUGAACUGAAUGUGGCUUCUACAGCUUGACAAUGAGUAAACCAAAAAUGUUGGUGGUUCAAUAAAAUGUCAUUGCCAGCUUUCAACAUAAGAUCGUGAUCUCAAUCCUGAGUAUUUCACCCACCACUAAUUCAGUUUAUUGUGGUUCUUUUGGUGUUGAUUUGAUGCAGAUUUGCACACACUUGUAUUUUUCUAUUUGGUCUAUUUAUUUAUUUAUUGACUUAAAGGGAUUGUUCACCUAAAAGUUCUGUCAUCAUUUACUCACCCUCUUUUCGUUUCGUUCGCAUGACUUUCUUUCUUCUGCAGAACACAAAGAAGAUAUUUUGAAGAAUAUUGGUAACGGAACAGCGGUGGCACCCACCGGCACUGUUUGGUUACCAACUUUCUUUGAAUUAUCUUCUUUGGUGUUUUACAGACGAAAGAAAGUCAUACAUUUUGAAAAUGAGAUGAGGGCGUGAAAAUGAUGAAGGAAUUUACAUUUUUGGGUUUAUAUGUUGAAUUGUGUUAUAUGUGACAACUAGAUUUUGUACAUUUUCUGCAUCCAAAAUGUUUUCUGUGUAUCAUCCAAUACAUUUAAUUUGUAAUUUAAAGAAUGGCAGGGACUUCACAAAACACACACACAUACAUAAUCAAAUGAAGAAUGUACUUCCUAUUCUAUAAAACAUAUGCAAAUGAGACAGGAAAGACAUGCACUUCCUCUUGUGGAAACCCACAAGACCCUCUUGACAGUUCACAGGUUGACAUGACAUGCAACUUUCUCGGACGGCAAAGUAGAAGGACCUCAUAGGAAUCCUCAGUGCUUUUUAACAAACAUUAUUUCACUUUUAAUAAAGAUGAGCAACCCAUGAGCGAUUUUAGACACUUAAGUUUAGAUGUAAAUCUAGCCUUCCAGAUUUAGAACUAGCACAAAUGUUUAUGCGGUACUUCUAGACUUUCACAUUAGACGACAUUGAGUGGUUUUGCAAGAAUGAGAGUGAAACUCCGACCAAAUAUUUGACCUCCAUCUUCAGAUAGAGAAGGAAACACACGGUACUUUUUUUACCCAAAUCAACACAGAGUUUCCUGACUGAACACAUCGUCACAGUUAUGAGGAGGGUUACCCAAUGAUGGUGGAAAUGUACGGAGAAAUGUAUGACGGGGAUUCCGGGCUGUGCAUUCCAAGAUUAAGUACAC